CAAAUGAUCACGCUACACCGCUUGUCCAGUCAGCACUGCAGGGAAUUUAGUGCGCGCUCAGCAGUCAACGUGUGACUAUCGUUGUGGUACGUCGUGUGGUUUCUUUAAUAUUUUGUUCAUAAUAUGUCGACCAAAAGAAGAAAGUGGUCGGAUGAAUAUGUACAACAUGGAUUGUCAUGUAUCACAGAACGUGAUGGGAGUCAGCGUCCUAUCUGCAUGAUUUGUAACGCCAAGUUGAGCAACUCUAGUCUCGCACCGGGAAUACUAAAGGAACACUUCUUGAAGCUGCAUGGAGACAGAGAAUACAAAAACACAGCACUUGCUGAAUUCAAGGUGAAGAAAGCCAGAUUCGAUGAAAGGGCUACUCUGCCUGCUCUUGGAUUUGUCCCUGUUAACAAACCGAUCCUCACAGCAUCAUACGAAGUUGCUUACCUGAUCGCAAAGCAGAGCAAGCCACACACCAUUGGUGAAACACUCGUGAAACCAGCUGCGUUAAAGAUGGCGAAUCUGAUACUUGGAACAGCGGCCGAAGGUAAAUUAUCCCAAAUUCCCCUUUCAAAUGACACAGUCAGUGACAGAAUAGAAGACAUGAGUAAAGACAUCUUGGCUCAAGUAGUCGCAGAUCUGAUUUCAAGUCCUGCAAAAUUUAGCCGUCAACUCGACGAGACCACAGACGUUUCUGAUCUAAGCCAGCUUGCUGUUUUUGUGCGCUAUGUGAAAGACGACAUGAUAAAAGAAGAGUUUUUAUUUUGUAAGCUUCUUACAACAACAACGAAGGCAGCCGAUGUAAAGAAGCUUGUUGAUGACUUCUUCAGAGACAACAGUCUUUCAUGGGAUAUGGUUUCUGCAGUUUGUACAGACGGAGCUCCAGUCAUGCUGGGAAAAAAGUCUGGUUUUGGUGCGCUAGUAAAGGCCGAUGCACCACACAUCAUUGUGACGCAUUGUAUUCUGCACAGACAUGCGUUGGCAACAAAAACCUUGCCUCCAAAAAUGGCAGAAGUAUUAAAAACUGCGGUGGAAUGCGUGAACUAUGUCCGAAAAAGUGCUCUGAGGCACCGCAUCUUCAGUGAGCUGUGUAAAGAAAUGGGCUCUGAAUUCGAGGUACUUCUGCUCCAUUCUAAUAUUCGGUGGUUAUCCCGGGGACAGGUGCUGAAUCGUGUUUUUGCCUUGCGUGCGGAAUUGGCCCUGUUUUUGCAAGAACACCAACACUGUCAUGCAGAUCACUUCAAAAAUCCUGAGUUUAUUCUCAUUUUAGCGUACAUGGCAGAUAUAUUCGCAGCACUCAAUCAUCUCAAUCAGCAGAUGCAGGGUGGUGGAGUCAGUAUCAUGGAAGCAGAAGAACACCGACAGCUUUUCAGAAAAAGCUACCAUUGUGGAAAGGGCGAACAGAGAAUAAUAACUUUGCAAACUUCCCGCUUCUGGACGACUGUGUAAGUAAGAUCGAAGAUGUGUCUGGAAUCGGAGAUAUAUCUGUAUCCAUGGAACUGAAGCAAACAAUUACCACACACUUGGAUGCGCUUGCAACGUCCCUCGAAGGAUAUUUCCCUACAAGACAGUCAUACCCAGCAUGGGUGAGACAGCCAUUCACGUUUGCUGUUGAGACCGCAGAUGUCAAUGAUGAAUCUCUCGACGAAAUCAUUGAAAUUCAGCAGAGCCAGAUUCAACAGCAACUCUUCAGAACAACAACGCUCUCAACGUUUUGGUGUCGACAAACUAACAAGUAUCCAGUUAUUUCCAAGAAAGCCCUGGAUUUUUUGAUACCAUUUGUUACGACAUAUCUUUGUGAGCAAUCCUUUUCGAGGUUGCUGGACAUAAAAACAAAGAAAAGGAACAGACUUUGCUGUGAAAAUGACAUGAGAGUGGCCCUCGCCAAGGUGAAACCACGCAUAUCUGAACUGGUCUCUCAAAGGCAGCAGCAGAAGUCACACUGAUUUGCAGGUAUGUAAUUUGUUGUGAGUUUAUCCAUUUUGUUGGUUUUGAACAAGGUGAUGUUCAUGCAUGUCUCAUUUUGUGUACCAGUAAAAAACGUGUUUCUAGAUUAAAAAAAAAAAAAUUCGCCAAAGAGGGGUUCGGUGAAUGCGCAUAUGAAACUGGUGGGGUUCGGUACGUCCAACAAGGUUAAGAACCACUGAUCUAGAGUCACUGUUACGGCUGAGAUCAACCAUCAGAACGAUCCAAACACUACAAACACACAAGAACCAGAUCAGAACCCAGAUCCUGCUUUAUCCUUAGAAACCAAACCUGAUCCAGAGACGAACACCACAAACAGACCAGAACCAGAUGAGAGCCCAGAUCCUGCUCCAUCCUCAGAAACCAGACCUGAUCCAGAGGAAACAAGACCGAAUCAAGAAUCUAGAGUCACUGUUACGGCUGAGAUCAACCAUCAGAACGAGUCAAACCCUCAAGAACCGGAUUUGGAACCAGCUACUACUCCAUCUAUAGGAACCACACAUGAGCCAAACACUAAAACUGAUGAAGAUCCUGAGAAUCUGAACAAAGAUCCAUCUGAAGAGGUCAAUCAUGAAACUGGUUCUGGAUCAGCUG